GUAUCCCAGAACCGAGGCAGUUACAAUUCUAGGAUCCUUGUUAUGUUAUCCGAAUGCGUUCCCAAAUAUGAAAAUUUAUCAGAUUGGUUCUCCAACACUAAAUGAUCAACCCACGGUCAUUUCAUGUCGAGAGAUAAAGGUAAUUAUUUUUGAAUUCUGUUGUAUGAAAAGUAACUUCCAUCUCUGAUCUGCCCUUAUAUUUUAUUUCAGGACAAGAUUAGUGAUGCUUUGUAUAAAGCUGCUGUUACCGAUCCUGACUGUCAUGCAAGGUACAUUUUAGAAUUUCAUUGUUGAAAAAUGGACUUCACAUUAUUGAAAAUCAAAAUCGAAUAGAGUUGUACAGUAUAGAGGGUAAUAUGUAUUAUAUGUUAUUAUAUACAAUAUAUUUAUUACUUCUUUAAGGUGUACAGCAUUAUGCGCAAUCGGAAUAUUCAUAGUGGAAGAAUUAACUUACAACAAAGGACAUGGUCGUAUUCAUGUUUAUACUUCACUCCUACUAACAUCUAUCAUGGUAUGUAUUACUAGGCUGCGGUGGUUUUUUAAGAAAAACGAAACCGAUAUAAAAAGUCAAUAUUUUUUGUCCGCAUCAUCUCGACAUUCAAAACCUCGUUUCAUUACGUCAUUAUCUACCAAUGAGAUAACGUGGAACAGGCCUGUGUUAAUCUUGUCUCGUAUGACGUAGACGUCAGAGCAGGCGCCUUUGAGUUCGUGGGUUCGAUUCUCUCUACGGAUUCAUGUGAGGAGAGUCGGUCAACGCUCUGUCGAAAGUCGUGGGUUUUCUCGGGGUGCUCCGGUUUCCUCCCACGGGGAAAGAUGACAGGAUGGCAGGGCUCGAUACUAUAUUCACUGUGCAUUACUAUUUUGAUAUUUAAAUUCAGAUGUUGAUCAAAUCAUGCGUAAAUCACUAUUGUAGUCUAUUGUAGUCUAUUGUAGUCUUCGAAAAAAGAAAACACUAAAGAAAUACGUAGACAUGUUUCUAGCUUGUCAAAAAUCCAAAGUAACAAUAAAAUUAAAAUUUUAUUACAGUAAUUUGAAAAAUGCCGUGGAAACUGUCAAAAUUGCCGCAGACAGCUGUUACGUUCUACGGCAAUUUUUAACGCCAUUGCCGUCGAUUGAUUUCAGGGACAUUCGAGGCCUGCAGGAUGGGUUAGGAUAAACACAGUUAGAAAAGUAAUAUAUCACAAUGGACCAUUCGCUUUAUAGACUAAAUUUUGAUCUAGACAAAAAUUUCAUCACAGCUUGAAAGAGCAUCACAAAAUUACUAAUAUUCCAAAGUUUCGUUGCGAAAUGUUGUAAAAUGCGGAUAAUAAAGCCUUGCAAAGUUUGUUGUUUUUCAGACAUUUUGUAUUACGCAUGGGAAAGCCCAAUCGGGUGUUGGGGCAUCAAUUCCCGUUUGUAAUACAAAAUGACUGAAAAUUGCAAAUUUCGGAAGGCUAUAUUAUCUGCAUUUUACAACAUUUCGCAACGAAACUUUGGAAUAUUACUAAUUUUGUGUUGCUCUUUCAAGCUGUGAUGAAAUUUUUGUCUAGAUCAAAAUUUAGUCUAUAAUGCAAAUGGUCCAUUGUUGUAUAGACUGCGAGCAAUCCCUCUAUUUUCCUUCGUUUUAUUGUUUCGCGGACUCCGCGAAACAAUAAAACGAAGGAAAAUAGAGGGAUUUCUCGCAGUCUAAUUGUUGUAAAAAUAAAAUAGUCUUGGCUAAGGAUGAAAAUAGGCAAGCGUAAUACUUGAUGUAAAGCGCAUUUGAUCGUAUCCACGAUUCCACAUGUAAGUUUGCGCUAUACAAGGUAAAUCGUAAUCGUUGUUCAUAUCUUCCAACAGUUUAGAAAUUGGUCUGUAUCAAGUGUUGCGAUUGGAUUGAUUCAAAACUUGUCUGAGUAUCAUGAGCAACUCUCCAACUACGACCAUGAGCUACCUUUGAAAGUACUACAGGUAAAAGUUUUACUUAUUAAAUCAAAUAUCCUGGUACAUUCUUUUGGUAUACCAAGAUCGUGUAUACCACAUCACAGUCUAUGAAGAUGCGAUGGUCUGUAAACUAAUCAGAAGUCAUUCUGUUAUGUUUUUGUCUGAGUUUAUGUUAAUUGUGCACGUUCACCGUGAUUGAGCUCAUUGUAUUUCCGAAUAAUGACGUAAUCGUCCAACAGGGAUAGCUGAGAAGCUGCAAACACGAUGAAUAAUAUUUAAUAAAAUUGAGACAAAGUAUUUGUGCACAGCUCGGUACAGUUCAACAUCAAACAAAAUCCUUCCAUUUUGUAGUUUUGAAGUUUGCUAGACUUCCAGACCAUCAUAGAGUAACAUCACAAAAUAUCAUAUUCACCUGAGUACACAACACCAGCACAGAAAAAUCAUAUUACAAGAUUACAUUGGGAUCGAAAGAACUAGAUUCUGUUCCGAAAUAUCACAUACUCGAACCGUCCUGACCGCUUAGCUCAGUUGGCAGAGCAUUGGGGGUAGUAUUCCAAAGGUCGUAGGUUCGAUUCUCACCGUGGCCGGGCAUAUUUUUCAAGCUUGCCCGGUGUGGAUAUACACUCAGAGUAACAUAAAAAAUAUCAUAUUCAUCUGAGUACACAACACCAGCACAGAAAAAACUAUGACCACAUUAUGUAUUACUUCUACUGCUCAAAAUCAUUAAUAAUUCAUGAGCAAAACACAAACGAAACCAGCACCGUAUGGUUGUCUUGAUACCACUGUAAUAAACGCCCAUAAAUUAAAUAUUCAACUACCUCCUUGAAUUUCUCUUUAAAUACAAGUCCGUUUGCAUUGAGAAGUAACAUAACAAACUCGAAGGCUGUUUAUUACCGGCCAUUGAAAUGAAUAUCACUGGAACGCUACCUCCAACCGGAAAUUUUAGGCCAACCUGAAGGCCAGUCCCAGUCUUUUCACGCAUGCGAAGAGCGCUCAAUCAGUCAAUCAUGACAUAAACACGCGUGGUCUGACCUCCAUUCAGACAGGUAAGAUUUGGCUUCAAGAAAAAGCUAGGCAGUUUAUCAGAAGGUAGCGUUCAGUUAUAUUCUUUUCAGUGUUACCGGCGUACAUAUACAAUUAGCCAUUGUUACCCGUUUACAUAUACAAUAAGCCAUGUCUGAAGUUUGGAAUAGAUAGGGGGUGGCAAUUAAAAAGUCCCCCCCCCCCAUUGAAAUGAAUAUCACGUUACCAUCAACCGGAAAUUUGAAGCCAACUUGAAGGCCAAUCCCAGUCUUUUCACGCAUGUGCAGAGCGCUCAAUCAGUCAAUCAUGGCAUAAACACGCGUGAUCAGACAGGUAAGAUUUGGUUUCAAGAAAAAGAUAGGCAGUUUAUAGGCAAGAAAAAGAUACUAGGCAGAUAGGCAGGUAGCGUUCCAGUUAUAUUCAUUUCAGCGUUACCGGCGUAUAAAAUACCUCAAAAUGUGUGAAAAAACUCGGCCUCGUUUUUCAAUACACUCUUUAAGGGAAUAUGUGAAUAUGUGUAUAAUUGUACAGGGUAUUUUUAGUAAUAGAUGUUUAGUGCGGUGCAAAGUAAAAAAACAACACGAAGUUUGCCAUCGCUUUAUACUCGGUGCUUGAGUUUGUUAAUCUGUAAGUCUGUUAGCUUGUUUGCUAUAUACAAGCCUUCAUCCUUGGUAGUUAUUCAAAAGUAGUAUGUCUUCGCGCUUGUGAUGCACUUGUUUAAGGGCACCGCACUGUAGUAGUGUGUUUAGUUUUUCAACCUAGUUACGCGUUCUAUAUAGGUACUCUGUGAAAUUAUAAGACGUUGUGUCAAUGAAGGAUCUGGAAUGGAUACCUCUCAUGUUGUCAAG